GUGAUGUCAGAGCAAUGGGUGGUCUGAUAGUCAGUCUCUAACACAGCCAUACAGGUUAGACUUGAAGUGCAAUUCAGAGAACCACUGUGACUUUGCACUUCUCUACUGCCUCUCCACUGACCUGCGGUCUUUCAGUUGGUAGAGUGCCUGCAUUAAAGACCACUUCCAUUUCGACGGCUGUCAUGGGAUGAAGGCGAGAUGGAUUGCUCUGCAGAGACACACUGAAGCAGUCAAAGCUGCGUGAUCUUUGGCUUUCGAUGGAUCCCUCAGAGAGUGACCGCUGGCCUACAGAGGGGGGCAGCAGCAGAAUUCUAGCCCCUCUGUCAGAGGAACUGGCUUUAAUUACAGGUCUGGACAUUUCUGACCUGAACAUUGACGAUUUGGACUUGUACACUUCCCUCCCAUUUCCGUGCCAACCCCAACCUCAACCUCAACCUCAACCCCAACCCCAACCCCAACCUCAACCCCAACCCCAACCCCAACCCCAACCUCAGCCCUCUGCUCGUCCUCUCUCUGCGUGUGACUCAGCCCCUCAUGCGGUUCCCUGGGAAAUAGCUGGGAGCGUUGCCGCCGAUCAGACCAAAGCGAACGGAAACCCAAACGAGGCAUCGAGAAAGAGUGCCGUGCCCCCUCCUGUGCCUCCCCGGAGACGGGCGGCCAGCACGAAGCUGAGCGACAGACGGUUCUCCUGUGAGGUCAGCCACCCUGCACUCAGCAGGUCCAACACCACUUUGCUGAUUCACAAUCCAUGGACAGUCAAAUUGAUAGAUACACCUGCAGGCAGUAAUGAAAGCCUUGCUGCCUUCUGCUCAUCAAUAUCCAAACUGAGGUCUAAGUACCCCCACACUGACACAACAGCGAACACGGGGGUGGUUUGGGGUCGUGUGUAUCCCCUAAACCCCUGGCUGUACCAGAAUGUCCAGCUGACUGUCACAGUGUCCACCCCCUGGCUUCCCCAUCCAGUUCCAUUUCCCACAACAGUGAACAAGACUGUGCUGUACCUCAUUGAGGAGAUAUUUCAUCUGGUUGGCGUUUCCCCCAGCACCAGCAGUCAAUACCUUCUCAAGCUGUGUGAUUUCAAUGAGUUCCUCAGGAAUGAGGAAAUUUUAGGAUCGUAUGAAAGCAUUCAGGCCUACCUCAAGUUCAAAAUGGCCGUCCCUGUGAGGCUAGUGCACCACAGCAACUUGGACAGAAUGUUGAGACGAGAUGAUGGGGAUGACACACGGCCAUUUAAUUUGAACCACCUCAUUGACUCGUCUUAUAUAUUCAGCAAAUCAAGAGCGAGGUUGGAAGACAAGCUGAGUAGCUACAGCAGGGAGGUGAACCAGCUGAUGAGGAGCAAGUGUGGUAGCAACAUCAAACAGAUUGUGGAGGUGGUUCGAAACAUCUGCAGUUCGCUGUGCGGUUUAUCAAUCAAAGAAGUAGAAGAUGCCAUUGGACAACUGAAUAGGAUCAAACCCACAAUGCUGAAUCCUGCGGAAAUGUGCGACUGUGAGACCGCCGUCGUCAUGCUCCACCAUGCCCUGGUGAAGUUGCUUCACGUGUUCUUUGACAACUUCAACUCUGACGUGAGAGUUCAGGAAGUCUGCCAAAGCCCGCCCACCGCCGAUGUGAUUCAGAACAACGACAUCCUCCAGGUCGACCUGGUGGCCCUCUACAAGCUCCAGAUCAGCUGGCUGAACAGCUUUGAUUACUUUUGCAUGUCCUGCGCGCUGACGUACGGUGGGAGCCAGCUUUGUGACGUCGGCGUCUCGGAGAACAUCAGCACGGCCCGGGCCCUGGACAACAGCAUCCAGUGCAGCCGAACGAUUGUGUUCCCAGUGCUGAUCAGACAGCUGCCCUAUGAGUCCAUGCUCACAUUCCGGCUCUUGGGGUCUAAGCAAGGCAAGGCCCCUGAAUUGUUACGCUGGGCAGUGCUGCCCCUCUACAGUAACAGGACGCUGGUUAGCGGGACCGUUCUGCUCAGCAUGUCCACCCUGGUCGAGCUGACGGACCCUCCGACGCCUGCAGUGUCAGAUGGCCACAGGCAGGCCGCAGGGGUCAUUUUACAGGUGGAGUUUCCGAACACUCAUAAGUGGACGUAUGAGAGACCAAAAGCACUCCCUUCAUCCCUCUUUUUUACACCUCCUUGUGAGGAGCUACGCCAGAAGCUAACAGGGGUUUCCCAAAAGCAUUGUCUGGCUUUCCUUACAGACAAUGAGAAAUCCUUCCUGUGGGGCAGACGCCACUCAUGCAACGAGGAGAACACACAACUGCACCUUCUCCUGGGCAGUGCCCCCCAAUGGAAACCAGAAGAGCUAUCAGAGAUCUACUCGGUCCUGGAGAACUGGUCCCUGCGGAGGCCAGAAGAGACCCUCUUUCUUCUCAGUGACAGCUUCCAGGACCAGAACGUUCGCAGGGUUGCGGUGCAGAGCCUGGAGCGGCUCACGGACACGGAGAUCGAGGAUUACCUGCCGCAGCUGGUGCAGGCUCUGAAGACGGAGUGGGAGCUGGACGGGCCCCUGGUCCUGUACCUGCUGGACCGCUCCCUGCGUAGCGUCCGCGUGGCUCAGCAGCUCUACUGGCUGCUGAAGGACACCCUGGAGGACGUCCCGUACCGGAGCUGGUUCAGCAAGCUGCACGCCGCCCUGAAGCACUGCUGCGGUGCGGAGCUGAGGCGGGAGCUGGAGCGCGAGGAGAGCCUGGUCAACCUGCUGACCCACGUGGCCGAGAGGGUCCGCCUGGCCGACAAGACCAAGCGAAAGGAGGUGCUGCAGAGGGAAAAGCAGAACAUCGGCGACUUCUUCAAGGGGGGGGUCACGUGUCAUCUGCCUCUGAACCCUGCUGUGCUUGUGAAGGGGGUGGACCUAGAUGCCUGUAAGUUUUACAGCUCCAAUGCUGCACCUCUGGCUGUGCCCUUCAUCAACGCGGAUUCCCUGGGUAGAAAUGUCAACGUCAUCUGUAAGACGGGUGACAACCUGCGGCAGGACAUGCUGGUGCUGCAGGUGGUGCGCUUGAUGGACAGGGUGUGGCUGCAGGAGGGGUUGGACAUGCGCAUGGUCACGUACAGGUGUCUGUCCACUGGCAGAGACCAGGGGCUGGUGGAGGUGGUGCCAGAGGCUGUGACCCUGGGAAAGAUCCAUCAGGAGGGGGGUUUGGGCGGGACCCUACGAGAGGAUACUCUGGAAAAGUGGUUUCACAUGUGGAACAAAACGGAGGAGGGCUAUGAGGAGGCGGUGAUGAACUUCCUGCAUUCCUGUGCAGGCUGGUGCGUGGCCACCUUCAUCCUGGGCAUCUGCGAUCGCCAUAACGACAACAUCAUGCUCAAGCACAGCGGCCACAUGUUCCACAUCGACUUCGGCAAGAUCAUGGGGAACGCGCAGAAAUUUGCCAACAUAAAAAGGGACAGAUCUCCGUUCGUCUUCACCUCUGAGAUGCAGCACUUCAUCACGGGAGGGGGGCAGAUGCCCCAGCGCUUCCACAGGUUCGUGGAGCUGUGCUGCCAGGCCUACAACGGCAUCCGGAGACGCUCGGCGCUGGUGCUCAGCCUGCUGCAGCUGAUGCUGGGGGCUGGAAUGCCGGAGUUGAAGGACACUCAGGAUCUGCAGUACGUCUACAACAACCUGCGUCCCCAGGACUCCGACCUGGAGGCCACCUCUUACUUCACCAGGAAGAUCAGAGAAAGCCUGGGCAGCUUCCCGGUCAAGAUCAACUUCCUGUUUCACACCAUUGCCCAGCCGUCAACCAAGCGUCCAGAGCCCCCCAAACAAACCCAGACUGCUGCGCAAAACACCAACAUCCAGGAGGUUGUCAUCCAGAAAUACAUCAUGAGAGGGAAAGACUUGAUGUUUGAAAUGAAGGUGACCAUUGAAGAUGGAUUUCUAAUCAGCGAGAAGACCUUCAGCCAGUUUGAGUUGAUUCACAGAGAACUCCAGAAGCACUUUAUAGAGUCAGCUCUCCCUCAAUUCCCCGCCUGGUACAAGAUGUCUUUUACUCCAGGCAGAAAAAUGUCCCUGCUGAAUAAAUACCUGAAAGAAUUGUUCGCGGGACCCUGUAAAGGUCAUGAAUUUGUGUGCAGUUUAUUUCUGGAUGGUCCCAGGACAGCUACCUCAUUGCGAUCUUCCAAGAAAGACGCUAGCCCUCAGAUCCAGCUCUACAUGACCUACACGGACAAGAAGCUGUUGGUGCUGGUGAAGCAUCUCAAGAAUAUUACCCUGCCCAGCGGCUCCUGUCCCGACUCCUACGUGGUGACACAACUGCACCCCGACCCGUUCGGCAACUCCAAGAAGAAGACCAAGGUUGUCCGCAACAGCGAGAACCCUUCCUUCAACGAACUGAUUGAGUACCCCGGCAUCCCUUCGCUCCAGGGGCGCGUUCUAGUGCUGACGGUGAAGAGCAAGAAGGUCUUCAUCGCAGCUACCAACGUGCGGCUGGACAACGCGUGGAUGGGGAAGGAAGUGUGGUUUCCCCUGGGAAACUGCGCCGUGUGACUGCCGGCCUGACCUGGACUGAGCCUUACUGCUCAUAUCCAUUGGGACAUCGACCAGCUUUCUGCCUGAUCAAACUCACAGAUAUUUUAAACGUUGGUCAACCUGCAUUUUCCCUGUUCUGCCACCAGAGGGAGGUACAGCUUUCCAAAUCUGCGCUGUGUGUUGAUUUUGAAAUUGUUACAGGAAAAGUCAAGGGAGAAUGUUUACAGUCCUCUCAUUAGCCGGUAAAUUUAUAUAUACUGUAGAUGAUAGGAAAAAAUAUUUUAAUGUAUCAUUUUCAUACUGUGAAAUAUUAUCAGGUGGUGAAAUGAAGAAUGUGAAUAAGGUGAUUAUUAUAAAUAGCAUCUCAUACCUUUAAUGUAAUAUGAAUGGCGGAACCAACCCAAUAAUUACUCCAUCAAACGACAGCCUUAAUUUAACGAAAACAGCGCACGACUUUAAUUCCAAAGUACUUCAUCUGCGAGAAAGCCUGCAAACAAAUUAUAACUGACGGCGAAACUGCAUUCAAUCCGCACCGCCAGGGUCGAUGGAGCUAAGCGCUAAGCUACGUCCGCGAGAGAGCGAGUGUGCGGCCUCCCCCUUCCCUUACCCUGCUUUAGGCUCUUCUGUGCUCUGCUUGCGAAAUGAAGGGCUGGCUACGUGUGGCUGUGGCUAUGUGUGGCUGUGACUGUGCCCAGGGACUGCAGAUUGAUGCCCGAGUGCUCGCUGUCCGUCUUCGGCUGGCUGGGGGGCAUUUUUCUCCGUCCCCGCGCGCGGGAGUCAUCCAUUACUGCGAUUUACCGCUGACAAGCGAGGGGAUGAGUUCAUACAGCCUGUCAUGCAGGCCUAAUGCGGCGUAAUUUUACACUGAGCCGCUGACCUGUGAAAUACCCCGUAAAAUAAAAUAGAAGUAAUAAAUGGGAUUCCUUGAUAUGCAGGCCCGUAGUUCACUAACCCCUGUACAUAUAUCUUGUUAACUAGAUUUUUACAGCUAUGGUUUUUGAAAGAAGUCUGCGAAAUGUAAUGUUUUCUUAUCAUUCUGUAGUUGAUUCCGGUAUGUAUAGAUCUGUAUUACUUACUGUCAAUCGAACACAAGCUGGUUGGAAUUAGAAUGGAGCAAAUAUGUAUUUGAAGAGUGUUUCAGAAUUUAUUUUCUGGUGAAAGAAAAGUUCAUUUAUAAGACCAA